UUGAAUUUCAUGUCGCAUUAAUCUUCACUUUUAGGUGAGGUGGCGUCGUGGCUCGUUCUGUUUCGGUAGCCAUUCAAACUCACGUGCUGCUCCUGUCACGACACUCUUCUCGGCUUUUGCCUCGGACACGCUCAUCAUGAAGCUCGCUUUCGCUGCAGUCAUUGUAGUGCUUGCUUCAGUCGCCGAGUUCGCGGCAGCCGCGGCGGCAACAGCAUCUUCUCCGACCCCCACGCGCCGCCUUGAGGGCUAUGGGCGAUAUGUACCGUUCUGGCGCCCUCGCACCCGCCGACGCGCCCUCUCUCCCGUCACGCCUGCUCCGAUAGUAGUUUCUCGCAAAAGUGACGAUCUUACCCCAUCACUUGCGCCUGUGACUGACCUAUGGGAAAUCGUCGAACCGUUUCCCCUAGAUAUCGAGACUGAGUCAGCCGGGUCUUCUCCGAGCGCAAGUGGGACUGUCGGACUCUCGCAGAGCGGACUACCAGGCUCAGCGACCGAAUAUACAUGGGAGGAUGCAGCGAGUCAUGGCUGCCGACUGGUUGAUGCCAUGCGCGUGUCCGACUAUGAUGCAGGCCAGCUUUACAGCCCUUCGAAAACAUCAGCUCAAAGCUCGCUGAUGAACUACGAAGACUUUACAGACUGGGGAUGGAGUGCGAAUGAGGUCCAUGGCGGCAACUUCACUGAUUUGGAUGGUGGCCAGAAGCAGCCAGAUCCUGGCUGGGGUAUCGGAAAUGCUCUUAGGGAUCUAGGAGUUUCAGACAAGAUCGAGGCACAAGGCGGCAAGAAUAUUAUCAUUGAUGCUGUCCACGGGAAGGAGCCUUUCACUCAGGGCUACACCAAGGAUGGCAAGAAUUAUCCGGCAACCGGUGCAGAUUUCAAGAUCGGUAUCAACACUGCCGAUGGAGUUCUGAUGGCCGUGGAUCGGGUCUCUACCGCCAGCGCGGCACAAAAACGGAAUCCUCCCGUCUCGGAUGAUCAGCUUCCGAAAGUACAGUCUUUUUCGGACAUUGGCUACUUGAUCUACAAGCAUAUCCUUGGAAAGGACCCAACAAGCCUCAAAUACAUGAUGUCCCUGAUGAUCACAAACGAAGAGACUGCAAGCAUCAUUGCCCGGGCCUUGGGUGAUAAGGAUCUGGGUCCAUGGCCGGGCACAUCCUUCAAUUGGCGUUCGAAAGAGUUCAAAGCGCUUCUAGGAUCACCCAACGGUAUGGGCUUCGGUUAUCUCCUCGUGCAACACAAGUCCCAGCUUGGGAAAAUGUUCAUCAAGCAAGUUCAAGUCUUCCACGGCAACACCUGGCACCACCUGCCCAACAUGGUCUUUAUCCUAGAAGAACAGAGUGGUACGGAACCACCGCCAAAGCCUUCGGGUUCACCUCCUCAAAUGGAAGAGCCAAUGAUGACUGGUGUGCCAAGCAUACUCCAACGCCGAACAGCAGAGCCAGAAAUACACAUUCAAGGACCGAAGAACUUCCUCAGGGCUCACAUAAAGCACGUAGAGCUAUGAUUCGUGAGUGGGCGAGAUGGGAAGUCACAGGGUUGAGCGCAUGAAUGAAGCUUUCGACUUCAGAUACACCUAGCAAUGGACAGCGUGCUUGGGCUCCGGAAACUGUACUAAGGGUUCACAAUUCAUUCAAGAGGAUAUGUUCGUUGGCCGGAUCCUCGGCAAUGGCGAAUAACAAUGACAAUGAUAAACACAUCCCGAUGAUUGAUUCAGCCUGCUUGA